AUUUUCUAGCAAGCUUCUUGUCACUAACGAUUACCAUUUUGUAGUUAUUAUUAUUUUAUAUAAAAUGGCGGGCGUAAAAAGCAUUAUAGCUUUAGCUUUUGUUCUAGCUUGCGGAUUCCUACUCGUCAUUUUAUCUGGAGCAUUAUAUCAAAAUUGGUGGCCAUUGUUUGUCGUUGCAACAUAUGUAUUAGCACCUUUACCAAAUUUUAUAUUUUCAAGAUGUGGUAGUAAUGAUGAUUACUUAGAUUAUAAUAAUAAUGGAUAUAAAGAUUUUGGACGAUUCCUAACAGCAAUAUUAAUUGUUACUGGAGUUUGCUUACCGAUCGUUCUUGCACAUUCUCAUGUAAUAACAAUUCCGGCAAUGAUUAUGAGUACUGGAGGCGGUGCUUUGGUUUAUUCAACGAUUAUUGCUUACGCUCACUUCUUUUCCAAUGAAGGAGAUGAUUUCUAAAAAUCUUUAUAUUCUUUAGGAAUAGUGUUUAUUUAUAUAUAUACAUUUUUUCUCUUUGUAUUUAAUAACGGCUAAUUGUAUUAUUAUUAUAUACACAGAAUUAUUAAUGAAACAUAUGAAAGAAAGCUUUUUUCUUUGGAAUUUUGUAUCCUGUAUUUUUUUUAUAUUUCUUUAUGAUUGAUGUGAUUGGUGUCAUAGAAGCUUAAUAACAGAUAAUAUAAUCGAAUUAAUCUCGCAUUUUCAUGUUGCAAAUUUGAUUGGCUGAUAAUUUAAUGUUCCACGUGAACGUAAAACUUUAACUGAUUAUCGCUGAUCGAGAAA